AUGCAGCAGCGUUACAGUUAUAACCGAAAAAAGGCCCACCAUUGCCAACUUUCUGGGAAAAGUUUCUCACGGGCAGGAGAAAAAUCAUACUACUGUCUAGACUGUGGGAAAACUUUCUCAGAGUCGGGAGCUCUCAAACAACACCAACGUAUUCACACAGGGGAAAGACCUUACAAAUGCCAUCACUGUGGGAAAAGUUUCUCACGUGCAGACUCUCUCAGGAAACACCAGCGUAUUCACACAGGGGAGAGGCCAUAUUACUGUCAACUCUGUGGGAAAAGUUUCUCACAGGCAGCAAAUCUCCAACAACACCAACGUGUUCACACAGGGGAGAGGCCAUACAAAUGCCAACUCUGUGGGAAAAGUUUCUCACAGGCAGGAUAUCUCCGACAACACCAACGCAUUCACACAGGGGAGAGGCCAUACGGCUGUCAACAAUGUGGUAAAGCUUUCUCAGGGUCAGAUUCUCUCAGACGACACCAACGCAUUCACACAGGGGAGAAACCAUACUAUUGUCAACUCUGUGGGAAAAGUUUCACAGUGGCAUCAACUCUCAGACAACACCAGCGUAUUCACACAGGAGACAACCAUCACAACUGCAAACUCUGUGGGAAAACUUUUUCACGGGCAGAAAAUCUCAGACAACACCAACGUAUUCACACAGGGGAGAGGCCAUACAACUGCCAACUUUGUGGGAAAACGUUCUCACGGGCAGUAUAUCUGAAGAACCACCAACUCAUUCACACUGGAGAAAAAACAUACUACUGUCAAGACUGUGGGAAAACUUUCUCAGAGUCGGGAGCUCUCAAAAUACACCAGCGUAUUCACACAGGGGAGAGGCCAUACAAAUGCCAACUCUGUGGGGAAAGUUUCUCACAGUCAGGAUAUCUGAGGAGCCACCAAGUUAUUCACACUGGCGACAAACCUCACCAUUGCCAUCUCUGUGGGAAAAGUUUCUCACAGGCAGGAUAUCUCAGACGACACCAGCUAACUCACACAGGUGAAAAAUCAUACUACUGUCGAGACUGUGGGAAAACUUUCUCAGAGUCAGGAGCUCUCAAAAAACACCAGCGUAUUCACACAGGGGAGAGACCUUACAAAUGCCAUCACUGUGGGAAAAGUUUCUCAUGUGCAGACUCUCUCAGGAAACACCAGCGUAUUCACACAGGGGAGAGACCUUACAAAUGCCAUCACUGUGGGAAAAGUUUCUCAUGUGCAGACUCUCUCAGGAAACACCAGCGUAUUCACACAGGGGAGAGGCCAUAUUACUGUCAACUCUGUGGGAAAAGCUUCUCCCAGGCAGGACAUCUCAGGGGACACCAACUUAUUCACACAGGGGAGAGGCCAUAUUACUGUCAACUCUGUGGGAAAAGUUUCUCACAGGCAGGACAUCUCAGACGACACCAGCUAACUCACACAGGAAACCUUUCUCACAAGCAGUAA